AUGGACCAUGUGGUGGACAACUAUCGCGCGCCCGAUGGGUCGCGCUACACGGGCACGCUCAAGGGCGGCCUGCCCAACGGCCUCGGCACUUGCGUCUGGCAGAACGGCAGCCAAUACGAUGGGGAGUGGCGCAACGGCGUGAUGCACGGCUUCGGCACGUACGUGUGGCCGACGGGCCAGCGAUACGACGGCGAAUGGAAG